UCAACACAACUUGUUUUAUGACCCUUAUUAAUUAAUUGUGACUUUGUUAGUUAGGAUUUAACCUAAUUUGUUUUGAACCAAAACUCGUUUUUAAAUCGACUGAGUUCAACCGGAACCGAUUAUAACCCGACCCGAUUAGGACCCGAUCUGUUUUGACCCAAAAACCGUUCUAAAUUGGAAAACCCCGUUUUCAAACUGACCAAGUUAAACCCGAACCGAUUAUGACCUGAACCGAUUACAACCCGACCCGAUUAGGACCCGAUCUGUUUUGACCCGAAACCCGCUUAAAACCGAAAAAAUUCAUUUUCAAACUGUUGAAUUCAACCCGAACCAAUUAUGACCCGAACCGAUUACAGACCGAUCUGAUUAGAAUCGGACCCGAAUAGAAACCGUAGUUAAAAAAACCCAAACCGAACUGACCCGAUUUUAUUUAAAACCAAACUGAACCGACCCGUUAAUUAUUUAAACUCGCUAUAAACCGACCCGUUACUAACCGAAAUCUGAUAAACCGAACCGAAAAUCGAACCGAAAAACCGAUUGACAGAUAUAAAUACAACUAAAGCUCUCUAUAAGACUUUACACUAUAGGCUUUUCAAAAAAAAAAAAAAAGACUUUACACUAUAGUCCCUUUAUAGUUAUUAGUUAAUACCCUCAAAUACAAACAAAUAAAGAUAAGAAAUACGGAUCAGCCGUAAAUAUACCAUACACAAGAUACAACCGGUUAUUCGAUCCAUUAAAUAAAGUAAAAUAUAUCAACACUAGGAAAGGAAAGGAAUCAACGACGCUUUAAAAAAAAAAAAAAAAAAGAAGUGCUCUUCUAUAAAAGAAGCACACCCUGUCUCUCUCAACUCCCUCUUCUCAUCACCUUCAUUUUUCCCCUUAAAAUCCUCUCGCACUCCGACGACAGAGGACUACAGCUAUCUACUACAUUACGCGCUACUCUUCCAACUCAAACUCAAACCUCAUUUACCAACCUUCACUAUAUUUCUUCCUUCAAUUCACUUUUCUCAAAUUAAUAAUCUUCCCUCAAAUUAUUACACCCUUAAUAAAUCAUGUCUUCAAUCUCAACAACAUCAUCACCAAAUAACAGUAAUAAUGGGUUCCAAAAAUGUAACAAGAUCCGUCACAUUGUCCGCCUCCGUCAAAUGCUCCGUCGCUGGCGAAAUAAAGCCGCUCAACGCCGCAUCCCCUCCGACGUCCCCGCCGGUCACGUCGCCGUCACCGUCGGCUCCAACUCCCGUCGCUUCGUUGUCCGAGCGAGCUACCUUAAUCACCCCGUUAUUCGUAAAUUAUUAGUUCAAGCAGAAGAAGAGUUCGGGUUCGUAAACCAAACUGGACCGCUCUCUAUUCCUUGUGAUGAAUAUUUGUUUGAAGAGAUCAUCCGGUUCUUGAACCGGUCUGAUUCCAAAGGCCGGUUUGUUAAUCUUGAGGAUUUCCAACGGUCGUCUUUUUGCCACGUUGGAUUCCGUGGGUCCCUUGCUGAUUCUCGUCCUUUGCUCGAGAAAUCUGUCUGGUAGUAAUGAGCUCGUCUAGAGCUAAGCUGAGUUGAACUGAAUUGACCUAGGACGACUCGUUUGAAUUUUAACGCGGAAACUCUUGUAUCAGACCGGUCUAAGCGACUUCACAUUAUACCUGAAUUAAUUUUGAUUUGGGUAAUUUUUUUUUUUUACACAUAUACAUGAUUAAUUAGUCUAGGAAUAUUUUUUUUUAUUUUAAAUUUUAAAAAAUUGUAUUUAGGAAAAUGGGGCGAUUUGGGGUGAGAUAGAAGAAUGCGUUGUGAUGGCGGAAAGUGGGGAUAAUUGAGUUAACCACCGAGUCGUCCCGGGUUCCGAUCGGAGUUUGAAUAACUAUGAAGCUCUUCCCGAAGACAAAAGUUGAAAGUUGGCCCGAUAAUUGAAAGGGUUACUAUUGUAAAUUCGACUAUUAUUAUUAUUAUUAUUAUUAUUAUUAUUAUUAUUAUUAUUAUUAUUGUGGGAAAAAUAUAUUGUAGAAUUUUAUUUUAUUUUAUAAUCAAACAUUCAAACUCAUACUAGUACAUGUUUUUUUUUGUCCUUUGGUAGUUUGAGUAAUUAUCAAAAAUUAUGCAAAUAACAAAUUCAAUCUCA